GCGCAUCCAUCCUAAUUCCGAUUCCUCAUUUCUUAAUCUUCUCCGCUCCGGAGCCCACGACGACUCUACCCUCUUCCAUCCCUCCUCCGCUCUCUCCUCUAAAUAAGUAUAAAUAAUUAGCGAGAGCGAGAGGGAGGGAGGCAGCAGCGUGUAGAGCCCGAGAACCAAAACGCGACGACUCUCUCUUCUUUCAGUUUAGACUGAGGGAGAUCGAUCUGAUGCCGGACAAGUCGAUGGACGACGCGAUGGAGGCGGCCGCCGGCGCCCACUUCAGCGGCUACCGCCUCGACUCCCUCCGCCUCUCCUCCUCUUCCACCCCCUCCUCCCCCUCCUCUGCCAAGGCCAUCCACACCCUCGACGACGACUCCUCCUUCGCCCCCCGCCAGCCCUUCGUCAUCGGGGUUUCGGGGGGUACGGCGUCGGGGAAGACGACGGUUUGCGACAUGAUCAUCCAGCAGCUCCACGAUCACCGCGUCGUUCUCGUCAAUCAGGAUUCAUUUUACCGUGGACUGACAGCAGAAGAAGCUGAGCAUGUCCAUGACUACAAUUUUGACCAUCCAGAUGCCUUUGAUACUGAACAACUUCUAGAGUGCAUGGGCAAGCUCAAAAGUGGGCAAUCCGUCAAUGUUCCAAUCUAUGAUUUUAAAAGCCACCGGAGGUGCUCCGAUAGUUUCAGAAAGGUUAAUGCAUCAGAUGUCAUUAUUUUGGAGGGAAUUUUAGUUUUCCAUGACCCACGAGUCCGUAACUUGAUGGACAUGAAGAUUUUCGUUGACACAGAUGCUGAUAUAAGGCUGGCCCGAAGAAUAAGGCGUGAUACUAUCGAGAGAGGUAGAGAUGUGAACUCGGUCCUUGAACAGUAUGGAAGGUUUGUCAAGCCUGCUUUUGAUGAUUUUGUUCUGCCAUCAAAGAAAUGUGCUGAUGUUAUCAUACCACGGGGAGGAGAUAACCAUGUUGCAAUUGAUUUAAUUGUACAACAUAUCCGGACAAAGCUUGGUCAGCAUGACUUGUGCAAAAUUUAUCCCAAUGUAUAUGUUAUUCAAUCAACAUUCCAGAUACGAGGAAUGCAUACACUCAUUCGUGAUAGGGAGAUAACGACACCUGACUUUGUCUUCUAUUCAGAUCGGUUAAUUCGUCUGGUUGUGGAGCAUGGUCUUGGUCAUCUGCCAUUCACUGAGAAGCAGGUGGUCACUCCAACAGGAUCUAUCUACCCUGGAGUUGACUUUUGCAAGAAACUUUGUGGAGUGUCUAUCAUUCGAAGUGGUGAAAGCAUGGAGAAUGCUUUGCGGGCAUGUUGUAAAGGAAUAAAAAUUGGUAAAAUUCUUAUUCACCGUGAUGGAGACAAUGGUAAACAGCUCAUAUAUGAGAAGUUGCCCAAUGACAUCUCUGAACGGCAUGUUCUACUUCUAGACCCUGUGCUUGCUACAGGUAACUCAGCUAACCAAGCUAUAGAACUUCUCAUACAAAAAGGAGUUCCUGAGAAUUGGAUAAUAUUUCUCAACCUCAUCUCUGCACCUGAGGGGAUUCAUUGUGUCUGCAAACGGUUCCCUUAUGUGAAGAUUGUCACUUCAGAGAUUGAUGUUGCAUUGAACGAGGAGUUCCGAGUUAUCCCAGGAUUGGGCGAGUUUGGUGACCGCUACUUCGGAACUGACAUUUGAUGGUGGUUAUGGGUUGCAUCAUUGGAUGAUCUCUUCUGCUUUAUAUCGUGAUCGACUCUCAUGAUUAAUACUCAAAAGAGAACAUAUUUGAGGAUUCAUUUUUAUAGGCGGGCCAGUUACAAGCAAUAUUUAGUUUGCUGUUGCUUGAAUAUUAUACUAUAGAGCGUUACAUUUUUACAGGAGGAAUUGGAGAGUGAAAUAUUUCAGUGGAUGCUGUAGGAACCACACUACCGCUUAAUUUUAUCAUCGGAAAGAUUUUGCAUUUAAUAAUAUUGUUUGAUUGACCGA